UUUUUGAGUAGGCUUAGGUUCAACUUUAGAACUUGGAGUAUGUUGGCGAUAAUCGUGGUAAAAAUGUGAACUGAAAAGCAGGAGACUUUCUCCACUUCAAGAUACUAAGGAUGGCUGAAAAUAAAACAAGAAUAGGUUUAGCACAUCAGCAGAAUUCAUCAGACAAUGGUGAACCAUGUGAAGGAUUAGUGCCUUGUGGAAAGAUGACUGUUCAUGAUGAAUCUAAUUCAAGGUUAUGUUUGGAGGAUGAUACAGCUGAAAUUCUUUCUCAGGAGCAAAUGAAAGCCUUUGAACAGUCCCGAGGGAAGAUACCAGAAACUGGGAAAAACCAGCAACCACAAGAUGGUGAGUGCAGUUACAAGCAUCCUACAUGCAUCAGAAUUUCUCAAGAACAAAGAAGUGGUCUUAUAGACCACUUAGAUGUAGAAACUGGCCGUGAAUGCUGUGCUGCUACUGCUGAAGCAGAACAGUGUAUUCUUAAUUCAUCUUUCUCUUUGGUGGCUCGGUGCUCUACACCACCAGUACCAUCUGGUGGGCACACUAUUAGCGAGGACCAGUCUCAUUUGAUUUUUCUUCUCUAUCAGCUAGAACAAAAAAGGUCUUGCCUUCUAAAUGAGCUACAGCAGGAAAGGUUUGAAGAUCAGGCUUUGCUUGCUCAGAAAAAGAACACCACUACUCACUUCCAAGAAAUAUCAUCUACAUCAGGAUUAGCAGAAAAUAAACAUCACAACGUUUGGUCUCCACAAGUUUUUCCUGGGAAGAAAAUGGUUAAGCGUCAGGAAGUGAAAACUGACAAUCUACAUCUUGUUGGACCUUCUCUUCCACAGACAACAGUUUCAACCCAGGAGAACCCAGAAGAUUGCAAUGACAAUAAAGUUGUAACUAAUACUGAAGAACCACCUACCUCUGCUAUGCAGGAGCAGCAAAGUGAAAACUUCAGAAGCACAACUCAGAGACUUGUUUCAACCUUUCAAACAGUGCAUAACUCAGCAGAAACUAAUACCUUGAAUGUGAAUGAGUCAGGACCUGUUUCAUGGAAUGACUCUAGCAACAAUCUGUCUUCCAUUUACCAUGGAGACUGGCCCAUUGAUAGAGUGAUGUGGAACAGUGGGCCAACUAACGUAGGUGAUAACAGCUCCCUUGGUGCUGGUUUGAAUCAAGAAACUUCCAGUUUGAUGAGCUUCAGUUCCACUGCUUCCACAACCCCUGUCACUGCAAGACGUUAUCCACCUCAGCAACUGGGAACUAAGGUGGAAAUGGUCUAUAACUUGCUAUCAAUGUUGGGUGCACAAAACAAAGAAGACAUGAGUCGGAAGUUGCUACUUAUGUCUGGCUCCAGAGAAAGCUGUGUUGCCAUGAGACAAACAGGCUGUCUACCUCUGUUAGUUCAGCUAUUACAUGGUAAUGAAAAAGAUGCCAGUUCUAGUGAACAAGACACUAAUAUAAUCAGACAGACUGUCCGACAGACUCGUAAACAAGCUUCUCAGGCUUUACACAACAUUGUCCACUCUCAUCCUGAUGACAAGAGAGGCCGUCGAGAAGCAAGGGUGCUCCGAUUGCUUGAGCAGAUCAGAGAAUACUGUGAUCAUCUGAGAGAUAUUGAAGCAAACAUUGCUAACAGGAGUACUUACGAAGAUUCAAAUCAGCAUCCUGGGCCAGCUAUUGCUGCUCUAAUGAAGCUAUCUUUUGAUGAAGAGCACAGACAUGCUAUGUGUCAAUUAGGUGGGCUUCAUGCAAUAGCAGAACUCAUUCAAGUUGAUCAUGAAAUCCAUGGCAAUACAAGUGACACAUACUGUGUGACUUUGAGACGAUAUGCUGGCAUGGCAUUAACCAACCUCACAUUUGGUGAUGGUACUAACAAAGCUCUUUUGUGUUCAAAGAAAGCAUUUAUUCAUGCUUUAGUGGCUCAGUUACAUUCACCAUGUGAAGAUCUUCGACAGGUUACAGCAAGUGUCCUACGAAAUCUUUCAUGGAGAGCUGAUGCUAUAAGUAAACAAACCUUGCGGGAGGCUGGGAGUGUUACAACACUUAUGAAAGCUGCUAUUGAAGCUAACAAAGAAUCUACUUUAAAGAGCAUUUUGUCUGCACUCUGGAACCUCUCAGCUCACUGUAGUAGUAAUAAGGCAGAAAUAUGUGCCAUAGAUGGUGCAUUAGCUUUUUUAGUUAGUACUCUAACCUAUAAAAGUCCUUCCAAGGUUUUGGCAAUAAUUGAGAAUGGUGGUGGCAUUCUUAGAAAUAUUUCUAGCCAUAUCGCUGUUCGAGAAGACUAUCGCAUAAUCUUAAGGAAACAUAACUGUUUACAAAUUCUCCUGCAGCAUUUGAAAUCUCCUAGUCUUACAGUAGUAAGUAAUGCUUGUGGUACCCUGUGGAACUUGUCUGCUCGUUGUGCUGAAGACCAAAGAGCUCUUUGGGAAAUGGGAGCUGUAGGAAUGCUUCGCAACCUGGUCCAUUCUAAACACAAAAUGAUAUCAAUGGGAAGUUCAGCAGCUCUCAAAAACCUUCUCUCUUCAAAACCUCCUGGUAUGUGUUUAACUUCAUCAACUUCUUCAGAUGGCAGUCAGUGUAGAUCUGGAACUGACAAAAUGCCAUCCUUACAUGUUCGAAAGAUGAGAGCAUUGGAGGCUGAAUUAGAUCAAAGUUUAUCAGAAACUUAUGACAACUUGGACAGCCCCAAAGCAAGUCCAACUUAUCCUUCUCAACUAGAUGGUAAAUUUCUCUUUGAUCCUAACUCACAGAAUUCAAGCAGUCCACAGCAUUUUAUUUCUAUUCCUGGAAGAAUGUAUCAUAGUGUUGCAGGCCAGAUUUCUACAGCUAAUCCUGUUCCUCGUUCUGAAAGUCAUGAUAGUCUUGGCAGCUGUCAGUCAGAACCUAUACAUAGAACAGGUCGUUCAGAAGAUUUUUCUCCAUUUAGAAAAGAUAGGUUCUAUCCAGUCCUAAGUGGAAGAAAUUCAGGUGCACAAUGGUCAGAACAGGCCCAUUCAAGAACAGAUCAUAUAAAAAUUUCACAUCCUUUAGAAAAUAGUGGGCAGCUAUAUAACCCAAAAUCACAUAGUUUCGUUCUUUCAUCAUCAGGUGAUAGAGUAGAAACACCAGUUCCAUCAGUAGAAAAUGAAAUCCAUAAUGUAAAUGGACGCUCUGGACCUCUUUGUGCUGAAAGGCGCACUUGCUGGGAAGGUUCUCCAAGUGUCACAGAGAGUGAACCUGGCACUUCAACAUCUUGUAGGAAGAUACCACAAUAUACAAACCUAGUUCAAAAGAUGGAGUCAGUGAAUAUUGAAGAUGACAGUUCUCGUGAUCAAGUGAUUGAUUACAGCUUGAAAUACUCUGAUGAGAAUAUCAACAUAUCUGUUAAACCUCCACAAAUUAAUCAGGUCAAAGAUAUAGCAAAACAAAAGAGGGAGCAACAGGUAGUCAGACCUUAUCCAACACGUGGUAGCUCUGACACAGGAGCAGCUGCUAUCAAACCUGGAGGAAGUCUGCAAGACUCUUCAGGUGGAGAAAGAAUACAUUGUUCUCCACACCUAAGUCCACUAAAUGUGAAAAACAGUGACGGAAGUAAAGGUGUGGUUUGUAAAGACUUCUCAGAGAUGAAUCUUGACAGCCCAGAUCAACCUACUGAUUUCAGUCAGAAGUACAGAGAAAAUUUGGAGGAAACUGAUAGUUAUGAAGAGAUGCCUCCAGUUUCACCCAAGGUUAAAAGUUUUCGAGAUCGGCGCAAGCAGCCAUCAAUUAAUGAUGAUUCACUAAAAAUAUACUGUACUGAAGGCACACCAUUAAACUUUUCCACAGCCUCUUCUCUUACAGACCUUCAUGAUCUUCCUGAUGCUGAAUCCACUGCUGUUAAGCUUCCAAGAAAAGUUGAUAGUGAAAGUGUUAACCAACAAUCUGUUGACCAGGAUGAGUUAAAGAAAACACACAAAAAAAGUAUCAUAGAAGAAAAAGCUACCUUGGAGAAAAAAACAACAGUUUGUCAAAACGAUAAAGAAGUAAAAACUGUUACAUUUGGAGAAAAAGUGAACUAUGCAGAGGAAACUCCACUAAUGUUUUCAAGAUCCAGUUCUUUGGGAUCUUUGAGCAGUUUUGAUCAACAUUCCAUUCAAGAUGACCGCAGCUCUAUUGUUAGUGAUUUUAGCCGCAGAGCUAGUGAAGUAGUCUCUCCAAGUGAACUCCCAGAUUCACCAAGUCAAACUAUGCCUUCUACUCCUCCUCCAGCUACUAAACCAGCUGUUUUCAAUUUUCCAAAUAAGCAUGUUAUUCCUUGUUCAGAAACAAUAACUUUUUCAAAACCAACAUUUUCUUCUGCUUGCAACAUUCCAAGUACCUUCCAGCAAAACCAACAGGAGGAGGAUGAAGUAAGUACAGAGAAAGAUGUUAAAACAUUUGCUGUGGAAGGAACACCAGCUGAGUUUUCUAGAGCUACAAGUCUAAGUUCAUUAACGAUUGAUGACAGCCUUCCAGCUUCCAGACAGGAACCAAGGGAAGAGCAGAUUACAGAAACUAUUGGAAAUUCCUGUAAAUCAGCAGAAAGUAUAACUAAAAAUUUCAUUAUAACUCCACAACAAAGUCCAGAUGAAACUUUUGAUUACCAAGAUUUGGCUUCUGCUGAAGAAAAGAAAGAAAAGUGUGAUGAUGAAGAUACAUGUGAGGUUAGUGAAGAAGAUAUUCUUGCAGCAUGUAUUAGUUCUGGAAUGCCUAACAAUAACAGUUUGAAUUGUCGAAACAAUACAAGACUUCACAGUCGUAUGAAUAAUCUUGGCACAUCUGUAAGUCAGCCAAAACUGAGUAAUAUUCCAAUUAAGUCCACCAAUGCAAGACUUAGUCAUCAUGUAGCCAACAUACCUAAGCCUUUAGUUCCAUCUGGAGCUGCACAGUCACUAGAAAAAACUAGUGAUAAAACUACCAACCUUUACAGUGCUCAGCAGAGGUUUGGUGAAGACUCUUUUAAGGUAUACAACACUGAAGAUACUCCCUUGAAUCUUUCACAUGCCACAUCCUUGAGUGAUAUAAGUGGGAUUUCAGCAGUUUGUGAUAGUGACAAGAAGAGUAGUCAUUCACUCAACCUCUCCAAUAGUGAUAAUCAAUCUGACAGCAGUGCAUUAUGUGAUGAUAAUGAUAAUAUUUUACUGCAGUGUAUUCAAUCUGGGAUGCCUACCCCUCAACCAUCUCUAUCGUCAACAGCUGUAAGUUCUGUGUCUGUUGAGAGUUCUCCUACAAGAGCCAAGUCAAAGCUUCCUCACAUCUUGGUAAAAAAUCUGAAGUCAUCUUAUAUUACAAAACCUCAAGCUUCAAGCUCAGAAAUGAUACAUCAGGUUUCACACCCCAUCCCUCCAAAAUCAGUGAAGCCAAAGCACAGCCAUUGCUGUCUCAACAACAGGCCUCAUGUAGACAGGAAUGAAGAAAAACACACUUUUCCUUAUUCAUCCCACUCACCUAAAAGAAGUUCUGUUAAGCCAUCUAAAAACUCAGAAUCUUAUUCUGAAUCUCAUACAAAGUCUCCAUUCUGUGAUUCACCUCGAGUGUACAUGGUAGAAGGGACACCUGUAACUUUCUCUAGAAAUGAGUCUCUCAGUUCCCUCAGCACAGAAGAAUGUGAAGUUGACAAGGUGGUUAAUGAUUCUGAUACUCAACAUGACAAAAGUGAUCUGGCUGGUACAGCAAGGCCAGUUGAUAGAAUGCCAAAGUUAUCAAGUAAGUCUAUAAUACCAGUUAGCUUAAAACAGAAGAGUUCAACAUCAGAGAUUAUCCCAGUCACCAAUAACUUAGAACCACAUUCUUUGUUGAUCUCUAAAGAAAAACAAGAAAUAAGAGACGGAGUGCCACAGUCUACAACAAAACAGAACUGUAUUUUACCAUCCAAAAAAAGCAGUGAUAUCCAAGAAGUGCAUCAGGAAUUAAAAACAACAUUUCAUGUAGAAGGAACACCUGUUUGUUUCUCAAGAAAUAGUUCCUUGAGCUCUUUAAGUGUUGAGUCUUUUGAAGAAACCUCAUGUUCUGAACAGGCAUUACUGGAUGCCUGUAUUACUUCAGGAAUGCCUAAAGACAAGUCAGUUAAUAAUAGGUCUGACAGAGGCUUCAAGUCAUCAUUGCACUCGGUAGAAAAUCGAGGCCACAAGACAUCAAAAAACUAUAAAGAGGAAAAACAUAAAAAAACUGAGCAAAAUAUUAAAGAAAUGCAGUGUAAGAAAGAUGAAAAGGAAACAUCAACUAUGGAUGAAAAAGGAAAAGAAGAUGAAUAUGCACAAGAAAAAGAACAAUCUGAUAUCCCUUCUCAGACUACAUUAAAUAAUGUUUAUGGAGUUACAAAAGUGGAGAAAAAUAAUAUAUUUCAGGAACAGAGAAAAACAGAUAUAUUAAAAGUAGAAGCAUGUCUUAAUAUAUUAGAAAAUUCAACAGAUUUUCAAAGUGAAGCUCAGAAAAUUGUAGAAAAGGUAGAGGCAGAAGUACAGGAUGACUUGACACAAAGCAGUAUUAGUUGCAUGUCAGAUCUUGAUAAUGCCAAACCUCCAUCUAUUUUUAUUGACUUAGGUUCUUUAAGUAUGGCUAGUAGUGGCUUUUCUGAUAUUGUUCCUAGUUGCUCAAGAAAUGGGGAUCUAGCAAAAGAAGACUUUACAAUGAAUAACAAAGGAUCCAAAAAGCACAAAAUAAGAAAUAUGCCAGAAACUGUUCGACGUGCAUUGUGUGUUAACUCUGACGCAAGCAAAACUCAAGCUUACAUUGAGUCAGGCCAGAACAAAAUGGCUUUACUGACAGAUUCUUCAGAUAGUCUCAGCAUGAAAGGAAGUACUAUUUCUGAAGUCUUAGAAAAUGUGGAUCCUCCAUCCUUCAUGGAUAUGUCACUCACUGGGAGUUGUACAAGUCUCAACAGUAUUAGUUCUGAUGUGUUGGAAAACAGAUCACAAUCCACCAAUGAAGUAUACUGCACAAAAGAAAGUAGUAUUUUUGACCGUUUGAAUGCUGCAGCAUCUGUGGCUCAAGUUUAUUCUCGAGAAUUAAAUACCAUCAUGACAGGAAGCAUGAAAAGCAGCUGCAACUCUGAGAUAAUAGAUCAUGUGAAACCUCCAUCAUUCUAUCAAGAUAUAGCAGAAGUAACAGCAGAGGACAUCACAGAAUUUGAAUGUGAUAAUAUUGUAUCUGACAUAGAGCUUGAUGAUGAUCUUCCAAAGGAUGAUAUGGACACUCAUGUUCUUUCUACUGAAACACUGAAAGCUCCUCAGCUACAUUCUUUACAGGAUGAACAAGAUGGUAGUACAGAAAAUCUGACUUAUGUUCUUGAUGAAUGUGAAUCCAUGUCUCUAGACAAAGAAACACUCGUUGAUGACAGCAGUGAUCAAAAGUUAAAUUCGGACCACUCUAUAUCAAAAGUAGAGGCUGAAGCUUUAAAGGUUAAUGCAACAUUAGUUGUUUGUACUCUAAAUGAAAUGCAAGAUGGUCAAGUAACAGUUGAUGAGGUUGAAUUUCAAGAUAAUAUGUUGGAGGAUGAAACUUUAUCAUUAGUUUCCAAUGACUCUGAAGAAGAACUGGAUGCAAAUGAUAAAGAACCUUUAGAACACACAGUUCUUAAAGGACCUCGUAUUAUCAGACCUAUAAAUAAGGAGACUAUUAGACAAAUGAAAGAAAAGAAAGUCAUUAUGUCACAGCAAAAGUUGCCAAAAGUUACCAAAACCCUUCUUCCAGCUAAGUCACCGAGAGCUGUGUGUAGUAGUAGUAAUAUUGAAAAAGACAGUAACUGCUCUUUAUUAGCAAAGCCUACAAGCACUACUUCUCCUUCUGUGAGACCAACCAGAACCUCAGCUCUUAGAGCUACUCAGAAAAAUGGACUUCAGAGUAGUCCUGAACCACCUUUUUUACCAACAAAGACAAAUUUAAUACAGACCUUAUCUAACCCUGAACAAGCUAAAAAUUGUUUCUCUAAGGAGCCUAAUGAAGAGGAAAGCACUGUACAGAAAGAUCUGAAAACUAUUUCGAGUACAACUCAAGAAAAUGAAGCAAAAAAGGAAUGUCAGCCGGAUGCUGAGGUCCCUAAACCAAGGCCCCUAGUUAAACAAGGUACCUUCACCAAAGAGAAACCAACUCAAAAUGCGCCCCAAAUAUCACCCACAAGUAGCACAAAUGAGCCGCAGGUUGCUUCGUCAAAACCAGAAACAUUAGAUAACACUAACAGAUGCCAAUGGAAGGGCACAAGAUCUCAGGAAACCAGCAAAACUAAAGAAGAAGGAACUUGUAAAUAUGCUUCAUCUAGUCUUGACAAACAAAUUCAGUCAAGCGGCUCUUCCAGGACAAAAAGUGUUGCAAAAAGUAAUGUGAAUAAGCAAAGUGUAAAUAGACCUGUUGGUUCAAAGAGCUUUGUUAGCAGAAGUUCUAGUGCUAGUAGUAGGUACAGUCGUUCAACCUUGAGUACUUACUCUACUAGUAAUGGCAGUCUCUCUUCUUCAUCUUCUUCUGGAACUCUGUCACUCCACACAAAUGUUCCUCGAAAAGGAAGAGAAGCAACAAGCAAGAUUGCAUCUAUUUGGAAGAAAACUGAUGUUGGUGUAAAACCUGCAGAAAGAAAGAAUUCACUAGGUUCAAGAAACAGCAGCUGGUCAUCCUCAAGACAGAAAUAUGAGAGGAGUCCUUCUUUUCCUUGCAGGACUCAGUCAUCUGGUUCCAUGAUUCCCACAACUCCUGCUUUAAGCAAAAGUUCAACAUAUGAAAAGCUUUCUUCAGAAAACAAGCCAGUUUCAUACAGUCCUGAGCCAGCAGCUGGUGGUUCUAGAAAAAACCAAAAUAUGCAAUCUGCAUUCCUAAGUGGUAAUAUUAAGACCCCUUCCAAGUUGAAAACAAGUUUUCAAACUUCAAGUAUGAAUUCCAGUGAUGAAGUUACUCAUCAACAAAUUGUCACUGAAGGUACUAAAGUCAAGAGUACUUCCGGAGGUUCUUUUUUACGUAGACUUAGCAGACAACAGACUACUAACUUACCUAUUUGUAAAGGAGGAGAAGAACAGACUGGAAAUGUUGGAGAAAAGUCAGUGAAAAGUCCAUUUUACAGUCCACCUAAUUCUCCACAUCACUCACGCAGUCUGGGAGUUUCUCUUCUUCCCACUCGUGUAGGGAGGAAAGUAUCCGACAUUGACCAACGACAUCAGGGGUUUUCAUCUCAUAGUGACUCAACAGCUGGUCCAACCUCAGCUGUCGUCCCUCCCUUCAAUUAUAUUCCAUCCCCUACUCGUGUGGCUCAGCAAAGAUCUGUUCCUGAAAAAAUACAGCAAAACUCAAACACAACAAAGAAAGUAACUUCUCAGAAAAACUCUGUUUUGAAUGUUGAAAAAGAGCCAGUAGUGGGAGACAAGUGUCGUAUUGUUACUGCGGUGUGAAAUUAAACUGUACAUAUAUUUAUGUGAUAAGAUGUUGACUUUAACCUAUAAUGUAGACUUAACUGUUCAAUGAAACUUAAAUGAAACUCUUUCAAGGUUAGAUUAAGAACAUACAGCUGAUGCCGAAAAGUAUAAAUAACUACAAACACUUAAGAGGAGGGGUUUUGUUAUUCUCUGAAGCUCUUAGAGUAAGAACUAAUAUAACUUAAAUUUUCAAGUUGGCUUCCAGUUUUGAGUGUUGAGCAUGUAGCCAACAAACAAGGCUAAAGCCAAGGUAUUUAGUUCUUGAAACUUAAGGCACAGUUCAUUAUAACAAAAAUGGUGGUAUGUGGCUAGUUAUUUAUUCCCGUGUUUGUAUUUUAUGUAAAGUAAUCCAGUAAUACUCGUGUGUUUUGUCAACAGAGUGAAUGGUCUCUAUUUUAUGAUGGUAAAAUAAGUAAACUCUAAAUUGCUUUUUUUGUACGUAAGUGUGUUAAUCGCUGUUAAAAAACAAUGAAAUCCAAUAUGCAGCUUUUUUAACAGUAGGAUUUGCUUGUUAUGAAAUUGAACAUCCACACGAGUUACAGACAGACAGGCAACUCACUUUUUUCAAGAGGUUGUUUUCAUUUUGUAUACAUGUACAUUAUAAACAGUAUUUUAUGCUGUGCUUGCUGCUUAUAGAAAGUGUACAAAAUAAAAAUCUACUUUUUUCUUAGGUAAGUGUUUGCAAAGAUAUCAAAAUAUAGGUAGGAACCAAACUGAUUAUUUAAUUAGAAAAUUUGUAUUGUAUGGUGAUUUUUUGGAACCCCUUUAACUUUCUUAAUGUUGAGAUUAUUUUAUUCCUACAUUUCAAAGGUAUUAAAACAUUGAGUUUUUGUGGCUUUUUCUUGAUAGAAAAAUCAAACUAUUUCAUUUGUUGAUUUUUUGUUUAUUUGAUAAUUUGCCGUAUUUUACACGAAAUAUAUCAAAAAAUUUCAAAUUUGUUAAAUUGAAACCUGUUUAAAAUAUUGUGCUUGACUUAAUGAAGUAAAUAGCUAAACAGCAGGGAAUUUAGGGUUUAUAAAAAAAAGUAUUGCAAUUAGUAGGAUCUUGUAGUUUAUGUUUGGUAAGUUGAGGAGUUUAAUAUUUUAUUUGGUGUAUUCAGCCUUCUGUCACUUUGGUUGUCCUAUAAAACUGGAUUGUUUCUAGUCAACAUUUGUAUGGAAAUUCUUGUUUUCGUGUGUUACCAUCUUCCCUUUUAUCUACUAAGUUUAUUUUUAAAUAGAACAUUUAUAGAUUGAAGAGUUAAAAUUUGGCAUUUUUGACUACACAUUGGUAAAAUCAUUCCAUUCACUGAGAUUACGUCUUGCUCAAGAUAACAUAUUUUUCAUGCUUUCUAACUGUUUAAUUAAUAUGAAGCUUUGUUCUUAUUUUGCUGUGUUUUAUGUUUUACAGUUAUAAGCAUGUUGUAUGUUGUGGUACUUAUUUUUGAAAUGUUAAAAAUGAGACGCAUUUCAUUUCCUUAUUCUGUUAUUUUUUCACUUGGACAUUAUUUUCAAACUCUUGUAUGAAAACAGAAGACAUGAGGAUGGUAAAUGUUAAAUUAACAAAGUUUAUGAAAUCAAUACUAGUGCCUUCGUUUUAUUAUUUCAAAUUUAUUUGUACCUUCUGAAUAUUUUUGUUUUACAAUAAAUAUAUAUUAUAGUUGUAGUGCUAGUUUCCCAAAAAUAGAUCAGGCACGUACUUAACAUUAUUUUUGUAGUUGGUUCAUUCAGAAUGUCAAAUUUAAAUAUUUUCUUUCCUUCACUAAAAGCCACUGUACAUCCAAAGGUAUGGGGAAAAAUAAAGGAGAGAAUAUUAAAUGUUCUGGAAGAUGUUGCAUUUCUGUCUAUUAUACAUGAAUUUUAUACUGCAGAGGGAAUCCUGAUUUCUCAUAUUUGAUUUUUCUUGAAAUAAAAGAUCUAGGUAAUGCUCGUGUACAGAGUUUAUAUAUAUAUGACCCAUUACACCAUUCCCCAGGGCACUGUUAUAUCCCAUAAAAUCCUAUAUGGAACCCCCCAAAGCAUUUCAGUUUUUACCCUCCACUCUGAUAAUAAUAAUAAUUGCCAGAAGAAAAUCCCCAGCAAUCAGAAAAUUAACUUGGAAAUAUAAUAAUUAAUAAAAACAGAUUAAAAAUCCUUGAUGGUCUGGGGCAUGACGUAAGAAAUCAUGUAUGUAAAGCCUUACAACUAUAGUAUUCUGCAGUUUGUUAAAUAUUUUUAACUUGUAUUCCUUGUUGUGAUUUUUCUCUCUCUUAGGGCUCAAAAAGUGUAAGUAUUUAAUUUGGAAAGUUUGAAAUGUGUUGUAUAUUAUUCUUCAGAAGUAAAAAUUUUGUAUAUGCCAAACAAUUGUGUAAUAGAACUAGAGCAGAAACAUGUUGAUGUAGUUGUAUCCUUUGUGCAACUAACAGAAAUAUGUGAGUUCUCUUUAAAAUUGGAACUUAACAAUUUGACUAUAUCUGAAUAUUUCAGAUCAUAAUUAUUUUUUUUGUGUGUGAAUAUCACCAUAAGACUUGAAAAUUACAUGUUUGUGAUAUGUGUUAUCAUAAAAUGCUGUUGGCUUGAUUGUGUAUUAGACAAAACACUAUUAAAAGUAUGUAUGUCUAUCACUGCUGGUAAAUUUUGAGAUUAGAAAACCAUUUUUCCCACCUUUUAUGGUAAAAUAUGUAUCACUACAGUGCUUUUAAACAAAGUACAACUUUUCUAACGUAUAUUAUUCCAUGGAUACUUUUAAAUCAUAUAACGUGUAGGAAAAAAUAUGCCUUAGUUUUGGUACACAGUAUUAAGGUGUGCCCUUAUUGAAACAUUCACGAAUGUAAGCCAUCACUACUGGCCGGAAAUACUAGACACAUUAAUUACAAAAAAAAAAACUUUCUCCAGUGACAUUAUUCCUUAUAACGUCACCAGCUUUUGAGUAUGUAUUUUUUUUCCCAGACUCGUAAUUUCAUGUAGACAUGUCCAGGUAAACAGGUAGCAUGAACUUUUGGAACAUGAUUGAGAAGUUCCAAACUUACAAGUUAAUAGUCUAGUGCAUACCUCAUUAAUAUUAAACCGAAAAGGAAACUUGGAACCGUGGCCACAUUAGAUAUAUAUAUUUGUAUGUAUAUGAUCUAUCAAAACUUUGGUUUACUACUGCUUUGCCUACAUAACUAAUCAUGUCAAUAAAAUCUUCAAAAUUA